GCGGCCGCAAGGGAGGGCAGCGAGAGCGGCGGGGCCGGGCGACGAUUCCCCGGCCAGCCCUGCUGGCUCUACCGCGGCGGCGUUCCGGCCGACACUUGAGAGCCUGCAGGAGGCGUCGCAGAUUUCUGCUUGGCAGAUUAGCCAAAGGCAAGAGGGGCCAAUCUCUCUGCGUUCUGAGUGCCGCCCUCUACAAGAUCCUCACAACAGAGCCAAGGCCCAAGUCCACUGUGCUACCAUACCCCCACCCCAGACAUUACUCUGGGGUCUGUUUGAGGCCAUCAGUGUGAAGAUGAUCAGUGCCUUCCUAGCAUGACGACCUUGGACCAUGUGAUUGCCACCCACCAGUCAGAGUGGGUCUCCUUCAAUGAGGAGUCACUGUUUCCUGUCCCUUCCGAGGGGGGCACCGAAGAGCACCUCCCAGCACUCUCGUCUUACUCGGACCAGUCUGAGAGCUCCUCCGGAGAGAACCACGUGGCGGAAAGAGGCUCUCAGGAGCUUUCCCACUCGGAGCAGGAUGACUCCUCUGAAAAGCUGGGCCUCAUCUCUGAAGCGACCUCCUCUCCUGGGAGCCCUGAGCAGCCCCCACCUGACCUGGCCUUCGCCAUCAGCAACUGGGUUCAGUUUGAAGACGACAGCCCCUGGGCCAGCACAUCACCAUCUCAGAAGGAAACAGGUGAGACAGCCCUACCAUUGACCAUGCCCUGCUGGACGUGCCCUUCCUUCGGCUCCCUGAGGAGAUGCCCUCUGACCUCCGAGAGCAGCUGGACCACACAUUCUGAAGAUACCAGUAGUCCUAGUUUUGAUCCCUCAUACACAGACGUGCAGCUCAUCAGUGCUGAGGAGCAGAGGAGUGGCAAGGCUUCUCAGGCUGACUCAACUGACGAGAGGACGGAGUGGCAGACAGGCAGGCAGUCGGCGGUGAGCCCUGUUCAAGCAUGCACGGAGCAUACCUCUACCUGCACCCAGGGCCUGGACCCCUCGCCACCCCUGCCCCACCCCAGGAGGAGUCAGAGCCCCUGCGAGGGUCUGGAGGGGGCCUCUGCUCCCAAUGACAGUUCUUCCUCAGUCCAGGAAGAUGAAGAGGUAGAGAUGGAGGCUAUCAGCUGGCAGGCCAGUAGUCCAGCCAUGAAUGGACAUCCUGCCACUCCACUGACCUCUGCUCGUUUCCCCAGCUGGGUCACUUUUGAUGACAAUGAGGUCAGCUGCCCUUUGCCACCAGUCACCUCUCCCCUGAAGCCAAACCCACCACCUGUUGCAUCUGUGAUCCCAAAUGUGCCUCAUCACUCAGCUGGGUCAUUUAAGAAGAGGGAACGUCCCAAGAGCACUCUGAUGAACUUUUCCAAAGUUCAGAAGCUGGACAUCUCAUCCUUAAGCCACCCACCUUCCAUAACCGAGGCUCCACCUUGGAGGGCAACCAAUCCUUUCCUGAAUGAGACUCUGCAGGAUGUCCAACCCUCUCCUAUCAACCCUUUCAUUGCUUUCUUUGAGGAGCAGGAGAGGCGCUCCCAAAACAGUUCCAUUUCCAGUGCCACAGGCAAGAGCCAAAGAGAUUCUCUCAUUGUCAUCUAUCAGGAUGCCAUCAGUUUUGAUGACUCAAGCAAAAACCAGUCCCACUCUGAUGCUGUUGAAAAACUCAAACAACUCCAGAUUGAUGAUCCUGAUCGUUUAGGCAGUGUGACACUACCAGAUGAUGACCCUAUAGCCUGGGUUGAACUAGAUGACCACCCACCUGGUUCAGCACUGUCCCAGCCCAGGGAUGGGUGGCCAAUGAUGCUAAGGAUCCCUGAGAAGAAAAACAUCAUGUCAUCUAGGCACUGGGGACCCAUCUACAUCAAACUGACAGACAGUGGUUACCUGCAGCUGUAUUAUGAGCAGGGUCUAGAAAAACCAUUCCGUGAGUUCAAGCUGGAGAUCUGCCAUGAAAUUUCGGAACCCCGGCUCCAAAACUAUGACGACAAUGGCAGGAUCCACAGCUUGCGAAUAGACCGUGUCACCUACAAGGAGAAGAAGAAAUACCAGCCCAAACCCGCUGUGGCCCACAUAGCAGAGAGGGAACAAGUGAUUAAGCUGGGCACCACCAAUUAUGAUGACUUCCUGAGUUUCAUCCGCGCUGUUCAGGACCGGCUCAUGAAUCUGCCAGUGUUGUCAAUGGACUUGAGCACAGUUGGCUUGAACUACCUUGAAGAGGAGAUUACUGUGGAUGUCAAGGAUGAAUUCUCUGGCAUUGUGAGCAAAGGAGACAACCAGAUUCUCCAGCACCAUGUCUUGACACGGAUCCACAUUCUGAGUUUCCUCUCUGGGCUGGCAGAGUGCCGCCUGGGCCUCAACGAUGUCCUCAUCAAAGGGAAUGAAAUAGUUUCCCGGCAAGACAUCAUGCCCACCACCACCACAAAGUGGAUCAAGCUUCAUCAGUGCCGUUUUCAUGGGUGUGUGGAUGAGGAUGUAUUCAACAACUCACGGGUUAUUCUGUUCAACCCUUUGGAUGCCUGCCGGUUUGAGCUCAUGCGGUUCAGGACAGUAUUUGCGGAGAAGACCUUGCCUUUCACACUCAGGACAGCAGCAAGCAUCAGCGGGGCAGAGGUGGAGGUGCAGAGCUGGCUUAGGAUGUCAGCCGGCUUCUCCUCUAACCGAGACCCACUCACUCAGGUUCCCUGUGAGAAUGUGAUGGUUCGUUACCCUGUGCCCAGUGAGUGGGUGAAAAACUUCCGCAGGGAAAGCGUCCUGGGGGAAAAGUCUUUAAAAGCCAAAGUGAACCGGGGGGCGAGUUUUGGCUCAGCUAGUAUGUCUGGCUCUGAGCCUGUCAUGAGAGUCACUCUGGGAACUGCCAAGUAUGAACAUGCCUUCAACUCCAUUGUGUGGAGGAUAAACCGACUGCCUGACAAAAAUUCAGCUUCUGGUCACCCACACUGUUUCUUCUGCCACCUUGAACUUGGCUCUGACCAGGAAGUGCCUUCCGGAUUUGCCAAUCACGUGAAUGUUGAGUUCAGCAUGCCCACAACUUCUGCCUCCAAAGCCACUGUAAGAUCCAUCUCCGUGGAAGACAAGACUGACGUCAGGAAGUGGGUCAAUUAUUCCGCACACUACAGCUACAAGGUGGAAAUUGAGCAAAAGAAGAGUUUGAAGCCGGACUUUGAAGGAGAUGAAAUGGAGAAUCCCAAGGAGUGUGGGGUCCAGUGAUGAAGCCCUCUUGCAAGGGUGCCUGACCCAGGCGUCAUGAUAGGAUGUCUUCCUGAGCAGCCAGAGCUCAAGGCAGUACCUACCAUGGCUACUCUGUGCUGGGAACAGUAUAUUGGACCUUCCUGUGUGUAGUUACCUGUAAUCUAACAGGAAACCUUGAGGUGAUUGCAUUGGAGAGCCUCUGAUGUGCCUGAAGCAGCUGGUUCCCCUGACUUUUGGAGCUUAUUGUCUAAUUAAGCCUCCUUCUCUUUGCUCUGUUUCUCUUGUAGUACUUGAGUGUGGCUUGUUGUGACUACUGGAGUCAGGAAGAGAACCUUCCACAUCAGUGUUGGCAGGAUUUCCUUCUGGUGUCCAUCUGUCACUUCCAUGAUUUUCUAGAAAACACAGUCUUGAGAAUCCCCCUCUGUUACGCCCUCUAGAAAAAGUUCAGAAGAGGUACAAAACACAUUUCCUCUUUGGGUCUCCUAGGCUUGGGUAUGUGUCUCCAUUCUUUCAAUGUUAACACUAUGCAACAGAAGUUUUCAAGACAUUUCCCUCCCGGUUUUGGAUUGUUUUGAUGAAAACACUUUCCAUCUCUCUAGUCCCAGGGUUCACCACCCUGAGUCACAAUACACAAUGGAAAAAAGGCACAAUAGGAUACUUUUUUAUUCUGUGAUUAGCCCCACAUUCUGCAAAGGGUGGCUAUGGAAGGGAAAGCAAAAUUGAGCUUAUUUUUCUUCAUUCUGGGGGAAAAGGGACAUUAAUUGUAAGAUUAUAUUCAAUUCAGGAGACAUUUUCAAUCUCAGUGAAUUCUCAAAUUCACACUGAAAAAUAUAGGCCAUUUCCGAUUCCUGAAACAAAUAUAUACAUAUAUAUAUAUAUUAUACCUCAGGCAUUUGUCAGGAAUAUUUGGGAGCUUUUUUUAUACCUCAAGCCUAUAGACAGUUGCAUGUCUCUUUAACUCAGACUUUACAGGAAAUAUAAGUGGAAAAGAUCAUUUUAAAAGCUAGUUUAAAACUGAGCUUAUAUGAGCUUUUCCCCAAAAUUCAGAGUUUGAUAAUCACAGUAUUGUAACAGAUCUACAAGGCAGAAGUCUCUAGGGUAGAGAUGGGGGAAAGCCAUAUUUUUCUAAUGUUGGGAACAUUAAGUUCCAAUUCCAAGAGUCUGGGACACUCAGUCUUCUUUCCCUUCCUAGGUUCCCAUUUACAUUCUGUAUCUCCACUUCUUACUUGUAUCUUGGUGUUUUCUUACCAUAACAUGGACCUAUAUUGGCCAUCCCAAGUGGGACACCUGCUCAACAAUUUACAGGCACGUUCUUUCUGCCUGUUUCUCCUAUGAAGAAGAGAGUAAGGGGACUGAAAGCAUGCUUGUCAGAUUUGUCAGAUGACACAGAGAAAUAAACGAUAUAUCCAGUCUCAACUGGCAGAUUUAGGAUUAAUUUAUUCAAUGAAUAUUCAUUGAAUUAUAACUAUGUACUGACACUAGAAUAUAGACAUCAUUACCAUUUUUUUUUAACUACCUGAACAUAAGACUGAAACUAAAAAGGAGUUCAGCAUUGAAUCAGGAGUGCAUCAUGACCAUUCACAAAGUCAGUGCAUUCAGCCUGUGGUAGCAGAAGCCCAGGGAGCCCUGCAUGCUGCAUUGGUCAGUCCACAUCUGGAUGGAGGGUUGAGUUCAAUUCUGGGUACCAUAUUUUUAAGAGAGACAUUAAUAAAUUGUGUCCAGAGGCAGGUGACCAGGGUUGUGAAGGGUCUGAUGAUAUAAGGAACAGGGGAAUGGAAUAAGAGAGAAUAAAAUAAUAUAGCUGCCUUGAAAUUUCUGUUGAGUUAUAAAAAAAAAAAAAAGAGGAAUUAGACUUACACUGUGUAACUUCAAAGGGCAAAAAUAGGAACAAAGAGGAACUUUAUAGAUGACAGAUGUUUGCUUCAACAUAAGAAAGAAUUUUCUAAUAAGAGCGGUUCUAAAGAGGAAUAGACUCGAGCAGCAAAAUUUCCUGUUGUGGCAAAUGCCCAAACAAAGGUUAAAAUAACCAUCCAUCCCAGAUGCUCUGAAAGGGACAUUGGAUUUGGGCUGGAUGGCUAUCAAGAUCCCUUCUGCAUAUAGGUUCAUCUCAGUAGUAAUAGGACUCUCUAACUCUAGGUGUUUUUUUCUUUGAUAAGUGGUUUUGUAUGCUCUUUGAAAUACAGUAGGGUUCCCUGGAGGUCUUUGUCAAGUGAGGCAUAGCCCUUCCCCUGUUGUACGAAGAGGCACAUGAGAUUCCUCAUAGAAACAUCAGGAUGGGCUGAAGAGCUGGCUGAGUGAAGGUCGUUCUGGCACCUUCCUUACCCAAGGUUAGCGCUCAUGUACCCUCUCAAGAUCUCUGCCUCACCUGCUAGGGUCACACGUGUAUUGCUUAUUGAACUUUUCCCCCCACCUUAGUUAAUUCUCAUUGCCUUUCUGCUUUUACCUGGACUUUUUUUUUUUUUUUAAAAGAAAGGUUAGGAAAAUUCUUCCAUGCUAUCUACAUUCAGCAAGCAAAUUAUUAUUAAUUUUUAAAUAUCUAUCACCUUCAUUUCAUCAAAUUUGCUUUCCCACUACUAUUUUUGGGAAACUUAAUUAUGGGUAGCAUUUAGGGGUUUGGGGAAUAUAAUACUAUAUAUUUUUAGACCUAGUGUUUUGUUAAUAGGCUACAUAGAAAACACAGGUAAAUUACCUUUUGGGUGUGUAAAUUCUAAGUUUGCCUCUCUGGACCUGGAUUGUGUGUGUGUGGUCACAAAAAAUCCUUGUCUGUGUUAUCAAUAAUGUGAAAAUAUUAAAAGUAAGUUCAUUUUACCAACACAUAGUAUUACUAUUAGAACAUAAAUUAGAUGUCACAUGAUAUUAAGAGCUACGCUUUCUUUUGAGUCUGGUGGCUUGCUUUGUGACUAUUGUGAAAGAGAAUAAGAAAUGUACUCAUUACGAUAGGUCAAACGAGAAGUUAAGAUAUUUGGGGGGGGGGCAUUAAACCCCCUUUGACACUCUUGUAAACAUACUAGUUAUUUCUUAUCAAAAUUUUGCAUUUCACUUAUACUAAAUAUUAUCUGGACA